AUGAAGCACCCAAUGGUUACAGCAGUGCUGGUAGUACUGGUGCAGGUUUCUCAGAGUUUCCCUGCUUUGUACCACCGAGGCUGGUGGAGACUGCUAAGGGAAGCAGAUAGCUGUGGAAAAUGCAAUUUGGCACUUUGCUCUGAGCCUAAAGACUGUCCAGCUGGGACUGUAUUGGACCGUUGCGGAUGCUGUCCCGAGUGUGGGAAUGUGGAAGGUCAGAUCUGCGACCUGGAUAAGAGCAAUCAUUUUUAUGGGCAAUGUGGGGACAACCUCGAGUGCAGGUUGGAUGCUGAUGAAGCAAGGUUCGGGGAAGUCCUUGAACCCCAGUGCGUGUGCAAGUCUCAAGAAAGCAUCUGUGGACCUGAAGGGAAAACCUACGAGAACAUCUGUCAAUUCAACAAGGCUUAUGCUACGAAAAGAAAUAUCAGCAUGAAACACAAAGGGCCAUGUGAAUCAGCUCCUGUUAUUUCUAUGCCACCUCAGGAUGCCCAGAAUUACACAGGCAAUGAUGUCAUUUUCGGCUGUGAGGUGUCAGCCUAUCCUAUGCCACAUCUGGAAUGGAAAAAAAAGGGGAAUAAAAUGUUCCUGCCAGGAGAUGAUACCCACGUCUCAGUACAGGCAAGAGGUGGGCCUCAGAAGUAUGGUGUGACAGGCUGGCUGCAGAUUCAAGGCCUCAAAAAAUCAGAUGAAGGUAUUUACAUCUGCCACACCAAAAACAAGUAUGGUGCAACAUACGCCUCUGCAAGAUUGAAAGUCAUUGAUGGCUCAUCUCCUGCAUUUGCAUUUAAUGCUGGCAGUAGAAGUGCAAGCUACAGUGUUGAAUAUGGGGAGUAUUAUGACCAUUCUGAUGAGGAAGAUGAUGAAUACGAAUCCGGGGACUAUGAAAAUUGAAACAACUCUAAAUAAUAAUUUUUAUGUAUCUGCUGUCCAAUACCUUUCAUACUCUGUUACAUCUACUAGUAGUCUCUGUGCUGCAAAUGGCUCCACUGAUAAUACACACACUCACUUCUGUAUCCACCUUCCUGAAAUUCAGCUUUGGUUGCAGUGUAUCAUGGUACUGACCAGAAAUAAGAGCAGUUGUAAAUCCACACAUUCAGACUGUUAAAAUAAAAACCUUAAACAU